CGCACAACCAGCCAGAUAUGGGCAACCUGCUUUGUAAGUUUCGUUUCCCGCCCCGCCCCCGCCGCCGCCUCCGCCGCUCCUGCCCGCUGCCUGGCGAUGUGUGGCCCUUGCACCCCCCCUCCCGCGAUGCUCUUCCACCACCUGGCCGGGACCACCCCGCUGCUCCUUCACUUGCCCUGGGCCCUGGGCGCAGGCUCUUCCACCGGAAUCCUAGGCCUUUACCGGCUAGUUUAUUCGUCCAGCCCAAGAGGCGGUACCCCAUCCCGAAGGCCGCAGGUACCCCUCUGGGGAUCCCUCCCUUGGUGAACUGGAGUCACUCUCCGAAAAAACCUGUGCUGUCUGCUCGUAAUUCCAUGAUGUUUGGACACUCCAGAGCCAAAAGGAUCCCUCCUCUGGGGCGCAAAUUCACUCUCCCACGUUCACUAUCUGAGAAGGUAGAGGAGGCUGUGGAGCCGGUACCAUCCAGGCACCUCCCACUUUGGUGCCCAUUUGGGGUGGAGGAGAAGGUCCAAGAAGAUCCCAGAAAAAAGAUGGAGGAUCUCGUAGAGACCAAAGGGCAGAGUGGUGGGAACAGGGUCCCCCAUCACGUUGGGGACAUACCAUUAAAAUCUAGUCCCCUGGAGACCGGUGGGCUUCUCACUUCCUCACAGCGCAGUCCCGCACCUUUGGACCUGCAUCCUAAUCCUCCAGAAGACCGUUUGAGGGAGAAUACCCAGAAGUCUCUGAUGCACUGCCGCCCUGUAGGCCGCGCAGUCACCUCCCCACAUGGCCCAGCCGGAAAUGUCGUGCCUGAUACAGAUACAGCAGCGCUCUCUGAGCCACCCCCACGCUGCCCCUUACUGCAGGAGACAUCAACAAAGGAAGUGUCGGGUGAAAGCCUUCAGCCUGUUGGGGACACAUCAUACCUCUCCAGGAAGGAGAUACAGGCUAAUGAGCCUCCAGGCAUCUCAUCAAGGAGCUCUUUUUCCCCUGUAUCUGCCAGCUGUAGGCCCUGCAAACGGAAAACAUCCACGUCCCAUUCUCGGCCACCGCCACCGCCCCAGUGGUGGGGCCAGGGCCAGUUGCCCCCACUUCCUAGGUUUCCCUGCGGAGCUACUGACAAAAACCUGGACACCUUGAAGAAUACCAAAUGUCAGAGGAGUAAGACCUUGGGAGACAAAAGAGAGAUCAAAGGAGACUGCUCAGAUGCUCAGUCAGCCACUUCUUUAUGCCUACUUGCCUCAGAGACCGCUAACUCUCUGCUUUUGGCGAGUCGCACUUUGCAAGUCCCCAUUCCUACUGAUGACUUGGCUGACCAAUCUGCCAAGCCCCCGACUGCCUCUGUCCCUCCAUCUUUAAUAGCAAACCUUGUUCAGGAGACAGCCCAGAUGGUUUCUAAAUCUUCUCCAGCUAUUCCUGCUGGUGUUGUUCCUCAUCUUAGUUCCAAUCUCAUUUGUGGAAUUCCUGUGAAGAAAGAAGGCCCUCUUCAGCCAGUCACUGCUGUAACCUGUCUUAUUUCUGACAUCACCACACUUCCUAACACCUCAACCCCCUCCUUACAGCCACCCUCCUGCAACACAGAAUCCCCAGUGCCUCUGUGUGUACAUUCCCCCCCUCCUAUCCUACCCGCCCCUCUUCCAAAUCCUUCCACACAUAGCCCUGUUUCAGUUGUCCAGCCCAUCAUUUCUAAGACAGCUGCUUCUACCAUCGCAGCCAAUGCAUCUACGUCUGCCUCCAGGUUCACUUCAGGUCCUGGUAUCGUCGACAUGGACACCACUCCCCUUUCAAAGGCUGUUAUUUUCAGA